GAGGGCCGGGCUUCCGCCCUCCACGUUGUUGUUCCCGAUUUGGGCCACGCCCCCUUGGCCUGAGCUGUAGACGCUUCUUCGCCGUAGCCUGUCCCGGCCCCGGAGCGAAGGACGGCCUCUAGGGUGGCACGGUCGGAUUCUCCACCCAUAUCAGACACGCGUGGACAAAGACAAGCGUUUAGGGGAAGGAAAGAGAAAGACUUGGUUUUAAAGAGGGGGUGGUAAAGAGUAAAGGGUUGGCCAGGGCACAAUUGAGGGAUUCCCUUCUAGCAUCUCUCCUUCCGCUCACUCAGUGGCCCCAUCCGCACCCACGAAUGAGACCCUGCAGAUACUGGCCCUUUAAACAUAAGGCUGGCGGUGCGGGGUGUCCAUGUGGAGCUGCUCCAUGCCGUGUUGUCCUGCCCUCCCAUUGGCCCGCAGCCCGGUGACGUCGCCUAAUAGGAUGCGAACGCACUGCGGGGGGAGGAACGGAGGCAAAACUCGGAACCGGAUCGCCACUCCGCUCUCUCCGCCCGUUCCCCAGCAGCCUCCUGCCGUCAGCUCCGCCCAGGGGCGGAUCCCGGGGGAAUUGCGACAGCCUGGAGAUUGCGGGAUUUGGGUCCCGUGUGAUUAGAGAGCGGAGACCCAGAGCGUCAUACAAGUCUUUACCAUCCUAAGGCUUCCCUGACCUAGAAUAUCCUUAUUUGAGCUAAUUUAAACCUUUAGUUUUUCACCAUCCAGCAAGACAGAUUUCGGGUGACCCAAACACCCGGCCCUUGCUCAACUUGUGGCUUGCAGGCGGGGCGGGGCGAGGCGGGAAAACGGAAAUACUGCGCGCGAACCGGGCUCGCUCUUCUCUCGCCCCCACCCAGGCCACGUGUGCGCGCGCCGUCUAUAGUGGGCGGGACCUGCCCACGCAAGACCCCGCCCCUCCCUUCGUGAGACGCCGCGGCCCAGCGGGCGGGGGCUCCGGUCCGGGCUUUGGCUGCGGCCCCGGUGUAGUAGCGGGGGCGGCGGCCGGGGGCAGCGCGGCUCCUUCCCUUGUUGUGUGUGUCGGUGCCUCCUCGCCAUCUUGUUGCACAGCCCUUUCUUGUCGGCGGGACUCCCGGGGGCCGCGGGGCGGGAGGCAUCGUAAGGGAGGAAGAGAGGGAGGGGAAGAAGUGAGGCAGUACCGCCUUUUUUUUUUUUUUUGCAUCAUAUUAAAAAAAUUUGCAAAUUUAUAUUUUGCAAAUAUUUUGGGAGACACUGACUUUUCUCCCCGUGCUCCCCCGUUCCUCCCUGCGGAGUGCGCUGCGCCGCCCAGCCCUGUCGCCCCCCGGAGGUGAUCCCUCCCUCUUGCCUGCCCGCCAGCCUGACCUGUGCCCGGCUCACGGGCCGCAGCCUCGGCCCCGGCGUGCCCCCGGCAGCUCUCGGCGCGAUGAGCAUAGAGACGCUACUGGAGGCGGCCCGCUUCUUGGAAUGGCAAGCGCAGCAACAACAGAGAGCACGUGAGGAGCAGGAGCGGCUUCGCUUGGAGCAGGAGCAGGAGCAGAAGAAGGCCAGUAGCCUGGCCAGGCUAGCCCAUGCCCUACCAGUGGAGGAGCCCCGCAUUGAGGCUCCACCCCUGCCUCUAUCCCCCCCAGCACCCCCGCCGGCACCUCCGCCACCACUUGCCACCCCCACCCCAUUAACUGUCAUCCCCAUUCCUGUAGUGACCAACUCCCCGCAGCCGCUGCCUCCUCCCCCACCACUGCCCCCCACAGCUCAGCCUCUGCCCCUGGCGCCUCGUCAGACAGCCCUGGUCAGCAGCCCUGGACUCAGCAUUAAGGAGCCUGCCCCCCUGCCCACCAGGCCACAGGUGCCCACCCCUGCCCCCCUACUGCCAGACUCGAAGACCACCGUUCCACCCACUGGUAGCCCCAAACCCUUGCAGCCCCUCCCCACACCUAUCCUGACCAUAGCACCACACCCUGGUGUCCAGCCCCAGCUGGCCCCCCAGCAGCCGCCCCCGCCCACACUUGGGACCUUGAAGUUGGCACCUGCUGAAGAAGUCAAAUCCAACGAACAGAAGAAGAGGCCAGGGGGGAUCGGCACCAGAGAAGUCCACAACAAAUUGGAGAAGAACAGGAGGGCCCAUCUGAAGGAAUGCUUUGAAACCCUGAAGCGCAACAUCCCCAACGUGGACGACAAGAAGACGUCGAAUCUGAGCGUGCUGCGGACGGCGCUGCGGUACAUCCAGUCCCUGAAGAGAAAGGAGAAGGAAUACGAGCAUGAGAUGGAGCGGCUGGCACGGGAGAAGAUCGCCACACAGCAGCGGCUGGCAGAACUCAAGCACGAGCUGAGCCAGUGGAUGGACAUGCUGGAGAUUGACCGAGUGCUCCGGCAGACAGGUCAGCCCGAGGACGACCAGGCCUCCACCUCCACCGCAUCAGAGGGUGAGGACAACAUAGACGAGGAUAUGGAGGAGGACCGGGCAGGUCUGGGCCCACCUAAGCUGAGCCAUCGGCCUCAACCAGAGCUGCUGAAGUCUGCCCUGCCACCCCCCAGCACUGCCCCUGGACCCCCGCCUUCCCACCCCCACCCCCACCCGCACCCCCACCCCGUGGCCCUGUCUCCUGCCCACCUCUCUGUGCAGCAACAGCCACAGCAGAAGACGUCUUUGCCAGCCCCUCCACCCCCACCGGCUGCCCCUACCCAGACGCUGGUGCCAGCUCCAGCCCACCUGGUGGCCACAGCUGGGGGAGGCUCCACAGUCAUCGCCCACACGGCCACCACCCAUGCUUCAGUCAUCCAGACUGUGAACCACGUUCUACAGGGGCCGGGCGGCAAGCACAUUGCCCACAUCGCCCCCUCAGCCCCCAGUCCUGCUGUACAGCUGGCCCCUGCCACACCCCCCAUUGGCCACAUCACAGUGCACCCUGCCACCCUCAACCAUGUGGCCCACCUUGGCUCCCAGCUGCCCCUGUAUCCACAGCCUGUGGCGGUGAGCCAGCCUGUAGCGGUCAGCCACAUUGCCCACACCCUUUCGCACCAGCAAGUGAACGGCACCGCUGGGCUGGGGCCCCCAGCCACUGUCAUGGCCAAGCCGGCUGUAGGGGCUCAGGUGGUGCAUCACCCCCAGCUGGUGGGCCAAACAGUGCUCAACCCUGUGACCAUGGUCACCGUGCCCCCCUUCCCAGUCAGCACACUGAAGCUGGCCUGAGGAUGAAGCCACUCAGAGGCCCCCAGUGGGGGCAGGGAGGGGGUCCGGUCCCCCACUCUCUCACCCACCAGCUCCACACAUUCCAGCCUUGCCCAGGCCCGCCCCACCCACACCCACCCCCAGGCCUCCUAGGGGAAGGGGGUGCAAAGACUCUGAGCCAGGGGAGAGGGGCCGCUCCAGGGAGCUGGGCACAGGGUGCGGGGGUCCCCGCUGCACUAGGACUUGAGAAAAUGACUGAUGAGAGAGACGCUGGUGAGCGUGCCAUCUGUCCAGCCUGGUGCCAGCUCCAAUUCCGUUCCUGCCUCCCCAUCCUGUCCCCUGAAAUCAGUGCGAUGUGGACAUCACCUUCUCUGACUUCUCCCCUGCCCUCCCUGCCUUCCUGUGCUGCUGCUGCUGCUGCUAUUGCUCUGUCUGGUGAGGUGGCCAAGUGCUCUGGCCCCUGUCCCGAGACUCAGUGUUCUCCUCCCAGGCCUUUGAGGGGGAGGGGGAGAGCAGAAUGUGGCCCAGAAGCCUGGGAGUUGGGGUAUGAGAGGCCCUGCUCUGAGCACAGGUGACAGAUCCUAGGAAGUGGCUGGUCUGUUGUCCCAUCCAUACUGGUGGGUCCCCCGCCCAGCCUGGGGCUUUCUGACCCAGUGCAGUCACUAAUCCCUUACAGCAGAAAGUAAGGCAAUUUUUUUAUACCAAUAAGCCUAGCCCAAGCUGUUGCCAAGCCUCCUGAAGGGGGGCAUUGGACAAGCCUCCCCAACCCCUGCCACUGGGGGUGGGUAAAAAUGGGGCUUGGCUGCCUGCUGCCCACCCUGCCCCCCAGCCUGCUUCCCUGGUCUCUGCUUAACGUUGCACAUCCCCCCCAGAGGAGGGGUGGGCCUGGGCUGCCGGGAAGACCUGAGCCAGCAUCCGUUCUCAGUCCAGGAGCCUUGCAGCCUUGCUGUUGAGGUGUCAGGCAGUUCAAGUACAGAGGCUUGGCCAGAGCCCCAAACCCCAUCCUACAUGGGACUGGAUGAAGGGAGCAGGCAAGCUGGGACAUUAACUGCUGCUUCAGCUCCAAUUUCCCAGCCUGUCUUCACCCCCUCCUUUUCUCUCUGGUGGGCUGUUUGGAGUGUACUCCCCCUGGUGGGGGCUGCUGCAUGCCCCCACUUUCCUCUGAGGAAAGUCCUUGGUUGGGUUGAGUUCUGUGGAGAGGAGGGCCUGUGUGUAGGGAACGCUGCUUCCCGCCUCUGCCUUGGCGCCUGCUUCAGUUUUUUUAAUGUGGGUAUUUAUUACAAGUGGCCUUGUGUCAGACACUCAGUUACACACGUGCACACUCAGCUCCCCACAGAUACACUCACUGAUGGCCUUUCAGUGUGAGGAGGAAGCUAGUGUCCCUAGGCAGGAAGUUUGCAUUGGCAGGCUGGGGGGCAGGACAGGUGAGUUCAGGGGUCCUGAAUCCUCUGGAGGUUCCCACAGGGCACUGAGGUGGCCAGCAGAAGUUGGGAUAGAUUGUCCCUUGAGAUAAAGACUCCAUAGACAUGUAAGUACUCCCUUUAAGUUCCUUCCUGGUCUGGGAGACCUCCCAGGGGACUGUUGCUUAGUUCUCAUGUGUCUCCAUGGGCUGGGGAAGGGGUGGCCUAUCAGGUCACCACUAUCAAGGCCUCUAGGAGAAAGGAGGUCUGAGGUGCAUGCCCAGACCAGUGCAGCAGUCCCACCUCACCUGCCUGAUGUCUCCCUGCGGUUGUAGCCACCACCCCCACCUGGAACUCUUGAUUCUUGGGCGAGUCAGGUUCCAUGAUUCCAGAUUAGUGACAAAAGAGCAGAGAGAGGCAGGACUGCCACCCCAGGGGACAGAAGCAUUGGCGAACUUGCCCUUCCCCACCGCCCCUUUCACUGCGCCCUGCACCCUGAGGCCGGCUCCAGAGCAGAACUGUUGUGCCAGCCCGUUGGGCCUGCACAGAUACCUCAUUGCCCCUGCCCUGCCGCACCCCUCCCUGGCCCGCCAGCUUUGGGGCCUCCGAAUCUAGUGCCGAAUGACUCAUGUCCAGAUUGGUGAAGAUGGGUGUUGUUGCUGUUGUUUUUGUUGUGUGUGAACGCUGUGACGCCGUGUGCCCGAGCAGGCAGCUGCCACCCAGCCCUUCCUUGGGCAUCUCCCCUCCGUGAGCUGUUGGGACCACAUAUGUCCUCCCCCUGUGGGAACACCUGCCCCUUCCCUCCUUCACCCUUCCAGCCUGGGGGACACACAGACACAUCUUACCUCUCAUGCGUGUUUUACUUUUUGAUGUUCAGAGUGGCUCACUGGCUGGGAGUCUUUACCUCGGGGAGAUGGGGAGGCUGGUUCCUUGGGGGGUGCCAAAGAAGGGCAGGGAGUGCCUGGAGGGUAGCUAGGGGGUCACCAUACUCCUGCUCUCCAGGAGCAGCUUCUUCUUUCCCCAUCCCAGGGUCCCACCCUCCACCCCUCAAAGAGGUGGCGCUUGUUUACAGUGAGGACUCGGUCACUGUGUCUCCGUUUCCUGAAACAUAAACUGUAGCGACCCCAGACUGUAGAAAUUUUUAUGUGUUUGGAUACAUCUGCUGUGUGGGAAAAAAAAAAAAAAUACAAAAA